AUGGAUCCAGCCGUCAAGUCUGUAUACCAUUCAAAAGCAACACCUUUGAGGAAGGGUGUGAACUAUUUUACCAUGGUCUUUAGUUUGGAAGAAUCUGUAUUUUCUGGACUACCUUCUACUAAUAAAUUUUGUAACUCCAACCAGUGUAUGUAUAAAAUCAAUGUCUUCAUUUGUUAUGGAGGCAAGUGGACACAAGAUAAUGAGUGCACAAGUGACAAAAUGACUGGAAUUGUUAUCGCGAUGGAUUGCACAUGCAACCACCUUGAGUGCAUGAUAUGUUCUGUGAUGAAAUUUUGCGAAGCUGUAACUGAUAAUUCUAUGACAUUAGCUCAAAAAUUACCUAGUAUGGAAGAAAUUGCAAUUGAUGUAUACAAUAGUAUGUCGAAAGUUGGAGAAACAACGAAUGAAGGAGGAAGUGAUAUCAUUUCAAUGGUAAGUAAGUCGGACAAGAAUGAGUAUGUGUUGAAAUGUAUUGAUGAUAAGUGUAAAUGGACUUUUAGAGCUUCAAGACUUGGUGGAACCGAUAUGUUCAAAGGAGAUCAUCGUCAAGCAACCAGCUCAAUAGUAGGAGAAUUCAUCAAGUACAAGUAUAUCUCAACAAAAACAACAUACACUCCUGCAGACAUUAUAAGUGACAUGAUGAAUACCUAUGGAGUGUCGAUGAGCUAUGAGAAAGCUUGGGGAUCUAAGGAGAAAGCAUUGGAAUUAGUGAGAGGAGAUCCUACAGAGUCAUAUGAAAAGCUUCCAGGAUACUUGUACAUGAUAGAACAAACAAAUCCUGGAUCAUUUACAAAAAUUGAGACAUUUCAGGACAACAAAUUCAAGUACCUCUUCAUGGCAUUAGGAGCAUCUAUUCAAGGGUGGAAGUAUUGUAGACCAGUUAUAGUAAUAGAUGCUACAUUCUUAAAAGGCAACUAUGGCAAAAUACUAUUCACUGCAUGUACGCAAGAUGCCAACAACAGUAUCUUUAUAUUAGCAUUUGGAGUUGGUGAUUUAGAAACCAAUGAUUCUUGGGAGUGGUUCUUAAGUAUGUUAAAAGAAGCAUAUGGUGAGCGAGAAGGGGGAAAGAAUAUUGCAGAACAUUUCAAUAGGGCUGUAAGAGCAUAUUCUAAGACUGAUUUUGAGUUCCAUAUGAAACAACUUGAUGAAAUCAAUACAAGGAUUCGAUCACAUUUGAAAGAUAUUGGUUAUGAGAAAUGGUCGAGGACUUACAUGACAAACAACAGAUUUUCUACAAUGACUUCAAACAUAGUUGAAUCGCAUAUAAAUGAUGCACGAGCAACCUUCACAAUACUUGCCACCAAGCAAGAGAAAAAACUGAGAGAAAAUUCUGUGGAGUCAAAGAAAAUGAAGGUAUCAACUUCAGGUUCAAUAUUGUACCAAGUUAAUGAUGGUUGUGCCUCAUAUUUGGUGAACAUGGAAGAAAGAACAUGCACAUGCAACCAAUUCCAAGUAGACAAGAUUCCAUUUGCACAUGCACUUGCGGUUAUUGCAAAAAUAAAGGAGGAUUCAUAUUCAUAUUAUUCCAUAUUUAAUACAACAAAUAUGUAUAUUCAAACAUAUAGUGCAUCAAUUUUUCCACUAGGAGAUCAUAAUGAGUGGAAUGUACCAGAUGAGGUAAGAGCAAGAAUAAUCUUGGCUCCUAACCCAAAAAGAAAAUCUGGACGACCUAAAGAAAAAAGAAUACCAUCGAAAGGAGAGAAAACUCAAAGCGCAAAAUGUGGAAGAUGUGGGAAUUAUGGUCACAAUCGUAGAUCAUGUCAAAAUCCACCAAAGAAAAAAAAGUGA